UGAGCAUGCAGCAGGGUGGCGCUGGUGAGUGGUGACACCGACUGCCCCUAUUUACCGUCUUGGAUGUGCAAGGGAGUACACAUUGCAUAGAAAUGUAAUUUAGAUAUUGCGGCGUUUAGAGAUUGCGUAUAAUUUAUUUUUUACCAGUGAUUCUUUAAACGCGAGAUGUUGUCGGGUCUGUUCGUAUAUUAAAAGUGACGUUCAGAUCGGGGUGUUUCAUACGGAGCGCUGGACUAGGUGGACGAUGCUAACGAGAGCUAGCUGUCUAGCAUAACAACACCUGCUGUCUGGUGAAAUAGGGUUAGAGACUGUUGUUUUGGAUGGGCGUUUUUGGGGGGAUCUUAAGACAGCUCUGAGAUCGUAUAGUAGCUUCCUCAGCCCUGUUGGUCAUUGCUGCUGAAAUUGUUUUAUUUGAGUUAAGACAGCCUGAUCGUCGAAUGACAGGGGAAUUAAAAAACAAACCGCAAAUCAAAAGAUGGUUUUGAGGAACUGCUGGAAGUCUCGACACAAGGAGAGAGGGGAUCCACUGCCCCAUUGGAUCGGACCCGGGUUCGGACUGCUGUUGUGUCUCUCCAUCCUCCAGUGUGGCUACAGCACAGGGGCAGAAGGGACCAGCAAGACGGUUAUCCAGAAGGAGGCAGAGUUUGAUAUUACUUACAACGACACGGUUACAAACGACAAUCAGACCAUCUAUGCUUUCAAUCACACGGUCUCAAGGAAUAAGACCGAGGGUGUGCGUGUGUCUGUAGAUGUGCUGCCCGUGGGCUUGGAGAGCCCCUUUCUGUUCGUGGUGCGACAGAAGCAGGCGGUGCUGUCCUUCCAGGUUCCCCUCAUCCUCAGAGGCCUGUACCAGAGGAAGUACCCAUACUCCCAUGUGGGCCGGACCUUAUGCCAGCCUCCCACUCGGGCCAUCUCGGAGAUGCAGUACUUCUUUGUGGACGUGUCCACUCUGUCCAGCCUGGGCACGCACUACCAGCUUAGGGUCAGCCGUGUGGACAGCUUCACCCUGCAUACGGACAAGAAGUUCAGCUUCACUGCCUCACCAUCUCAACCACAGUAUUUCAAGUACAACUUUCCAGAUGGGGUGGACACAGUGAUUGUCAAGGUCAACUCUGAAAUGACCUUCCCCUGCUCCGUCAUGUCCAUCCAGGACAUCCAGUGUCCUGUGUACGACCUGGACAACAAUGUGGCCUUCAUCGGGAUGUACCAAACCAUGACCAAAAAAGGGGCUAUCACUGUGCAGAGGAAGGACUUCCCUAGCAACAGUUUCUACGUGGUGGUGGUGGUGAAGACGGAGGACGAGGCGUGCGGGGGUCCGCUGCGCUUCUACCCCCUGCGGCCCGACGAGCUCUUUGACGCGGGCAACCGCAGCAAGGUGCUGGAUGUGGUGGUCUCCCCCGCCAUCAACUCCGAGGUUUACGUGAUGGGCAUGCUCUUCUGCCUGGGCAUCUUCCUCUCCUUCUACCUGCUCACCUUCCUGAUGGCCUGUCUGGACAACAGGAGGGCGAACAGGAAAAGAGAGCUGCUGGUGCAUCCCCCUGACAUGUCGCCUGCAGAGACAGCCUCUCUACUUGGAAAGACUCCAGCCUCUCCAUACGAGUACGGCUCCUUUGCUGACAACGGGAGCACGCUGAGCUCUGAGGCAGUGACGGACAGUGCCACAUCCACAGACAACAACUACGGUUACCUGGGACGGGAGCCUUUUAAACGCCGAACAAUUAUCUCUCACCUUCACCACAUAGCCGUCAACAUCGAGCGCACUCUGGACAGUGUGGGCCGGAGCCGGGCGGAGUCUCUAAGCUCGGUGGAGGAGGACGACUACGACACGCUGGCCGACAUCGACUCGGACAAGAACAUCGUACGCACCAAGAAGUUCCUGUACGUGUCCGACCUGUCCCGCAAAGACAAGAGGGUCCUCAGCAAGAAGUAUCAGAUCUACUUUUGGAACAUCGCCACCAUCGCCGUGUUCUACGCCCUGCCUGUGGUCCAGCUGGUCAUCACCUAUCAGACGGUUGUGAACGUCACAGGAAACCAGGACAUCUGCUACUACAACUUCCUGUGCGCCCAUCCCCUGGGAGCGCUGAGUGCGUUCAACAACAUCCUCAGUAACGUUGGUUACGUGCUGCUGGGCCUCCUCUUCCUGCUCAUCGUCCUCAAGCGAGACAUCGUCCAUAACCGCGCCAUGUUCCGCAACGACCUCAAUGCACUGGAGUGUGGCAUCCCCAAGCACUUUGGGCUGUUCUACGCCAUGGGCACGGCCCUGAUGAUGGAGGGGCUCCUCAGUGCCUGCUACCACGUCUGCCCCAACUACACCAACUUUCAGUUCGACACCUCCUUCAUGUACAUGAUCGCGGGGCUGUGCAUGCUGAAGCUGUACCAGAAGAGACACCCCGACAUCAACGCCAGUGCCUACACCGCCUACGCCUGUCUGGCCGGGGUCAUCUUCUUCUCUGUGUUGGGAGUGGUGUUUGGCAAGGGCAACAUGGUGUUCUGGAUCGUGUUCUCUGUGAUCCACAUCCUGGCCACGCUGCUGCUCAGCAUACAGCUGUACUACAUGGGCCGCUGGAGGCUAGACUCGGGCAUCAUGCGUCGCAUCGUGAACGUCAUCUACACGGACUGCAUCCGACAGUGCACUGGGCCCAUGUACGUGGAUCGUAUGGUGCUGCUGGUGAUGGGGAACAUCGGCAACUGGUCUCUGGCCGCCUAUGGUCUCAUAGCGAGACCCAAUGACUUUGCCUCCUACCUGUUGGCCAUCGCCAUCUGCAACCUGCUGCUUUACUUUGCCUUCUACAUCAUCAUGAAGCUACGGAGUGGCGAGCGGAUCCAGUGUUUGGCGCUGGUCUGUAUCCUCUUCACAGCCGUCGUGUGGGGCUUUGCACUUUUCUUCUUCUUCCAGGGCCUCAGCACUUGGCAGAAAACUCCGGCAGAGUCGCGUGAGCACAACAGAGAGUGCAUCGUGCUGUCCUUCUUCGACGACCACGACAUCUGGCACUUCCUGUCCUCCAUCGCAAUGUUUGGCUCUUUCCUGGUCCUCCUGACCAUGGACGACGACCUGGACACCGUCCAGAGAGACAAGAUCUACGCCUUCUAGAGCUGCACUCCACCUCCAGCUUACCGCCAAGCUCACUCUCUCCCCUCCUCUUUCUCUCUCCCUCUCUCUGUGUCUCCUCGCCCCCAUACUUGCUAGCUUUUAGCAGAAAUGGUUCUUUAAACACAAAACGAAGGAAAGACAUGGCCAGUGGUUCUGCCAGGAGCAGCGGGAGCCCUGACGCCUCCCACAGCCAGUAUGUCGAGGAGGAGGACGCAAGGACUCCUCCUCCUCCUCACACCACGCCCACCAGUAUUGACACUCGACGUGCCAGGACGGAACUGGGGGGGGGGGUCGUGACGUGAGCAGUGCUGGAUGGGUUUUGGUGUUUAUUAUUUUUUUUUGGUUUGAUUAACCUCUGACCCCCUCGCUUCCACUCAACCGUCGAAACGCCCGCCUGUGUUUGAUGUUUACGUGACGGCAUUGCGUCAAAAGGGGGAGGAUCAUCACACCGUUCGCUGUUGUUAACGUCUCCUGCGUGGUCUAGUAUUCGCUCCUAUUUAUGUCUGCAUCACAGACCUAUGAAGCAACCAAGAGUGGAGUCAAGUUUUUUUUAGCUGUUUUUAUGCUGUGGGUUUAUACACUGCGUGUGGAUGUGUGUGCGUAAGCCUUUGUACAGAUGUUUGUCUGAUAACUUAAUCCGUGAGAGUGUCCUCUAUGUCCCGUCUGUCAGCGGCCUUUAACAACCUAAUCAUGUCGAGACGAUACUUACAUUCUGAUUCGCCAGAUCUCUUAUCCUGCCCGCCUCAUUGGACAAUAAUGAUUGUAAUGUAAUGGUUAACGUCCCUCAUGUUCUACCGAGGAACAAAAAUUGUUUUGCACUCUGUUGUAUGAUAAAUCCAUUUUAAUGUCACUAUCAAUGCAAUGGCUCGGUUACUGAAUAAAAUGUCUGGUUUUCAGAUAAUCCUGUCACGUC